ACUCUUCAGCUUCUUCCUUACUAAGUCUUUAAUUCGAAUUAAGCUGGCUUAACAAAUCAAUUACUUUGUUCAAUCUGUACCUACAUUUUACAACCGAAAUGCUUUGACAUUGAUUUGAGAAAUAUAUUAUUUCCAAAAACAAAAAGCAAACUUUCUACUUGCAGUAAAGCCCAGAACCUAGCAAAAUGAACUGCAGUGACUAUUGCAAGUUUAAUCCGUUCUACAUCGGUCCUUACCCGGACUGUGCCUGCGGACCCUGCCCGUAUGGAAUCUAUUCGGGCUACACACCCUGCGGCUGGGGUAGAGGUCGUUGUGGCAGCUCCUGUUGCGAUCCUUGCUGCGGUCCGAGCUGCAGUCCUUGCUGCGGUGGUUGCUGCAGUCCUAACUGCAGUCCCAGCUGUGUUCCCUGGCUAAUACCAUGUGGACUGCAGUGCUGCCGCCCCUGCAGAUCAUGCUGUUGAUUGCGCUCUGAUUGCUGCAAUGCCUGCAACUUGAAUUGAAGUUAGAGGACGGACCUGUUGCAUUGGGCUUCUGGACUUUACUGUUUGUAGAGAAUUGUUUUUCGUUUGAAGAAAUUUGUUUGUACGCUUUGUAAGAAAAUUGUCUCCGUUAAA